CAGGUAAAGAAUAGUAGACUUUAACAUAGAGGAAUCGACGGUAGGCCCACCACUGCCUGGACACCCGCAGCGUCCUGCUAUUUCAAUGCUCUACUGCCACUCCCAGUUCGCAUUCGCCCCUUCAACUUUCCUCUCCAUACUCAGGAACUAAUCAUUCAACGUUUAAGGGAAGAAUUGUUUGACUCAAGCUUCUAGAAAGUUUCCUGCAGUCAUUGAUGGGUACAGUUCGUGAUAAAUCAGAUGAUGAAUACUCGGUCAUUGGAGAUAAAGGUGACAUUGGAUUCAUAGAUAUUGAAAAUUGUAAAUCUAUUUGUAGUUACAAUCCUUCUGAGGAGAGUGAAAUAGUCAAUAUAUCUGUUCCAUUUCCUUUAGUUAAAGGAAAACCUCAAUCAGGAUUUGUUGGAGAGACACUAUUUGACUCGAUUACUAUAAGAAACACUACUGGUGAGCCAUUAGAUCUCUGGUCAGUCAGUAUUUAUGACUCUAAACCAGAGAAUUCAUUUACAAUUUCCAUAAUGGAGCCUCCAACAGUCAAAUCCGAUGUGGAAUACAUCCAAGAUUUCAUGGAAUCAUUCUCCUUGGAAGACAGAGUGCUGAGAACAGAUCAGGCUCUGACUAUCUGGUUGUCAUGCAAACCUAAGGAAAUAGGUCUGCACUCAGCCGCUGUGCACUUCAGUGUUGGGGAUGAGACAAUAGAAAGGCUGGUGUUUGUGCUGGCAGAAGAUAAAAUCUCCCAGUCUCUAUCAUCUUCAAAACCAUACCGAAGAUCUAGGAAAAAGAAACAAGAUGUGGUGAAUGCUCAUGCUGCAGAUGCUGCAUAUGUUGUGGGACGCCGUCCUUCCAGAGGUUCAAAUCGUGGGUUUAAAUACCAUCUACCUGACUAUCCUAUUCCAGCGCAAAUCCGGGAUAUCGUAAUUAACCAGCAGAUCCCCGAUGUAGUCCAUGAGGGUUUAACAGAGACAAAUUAUGGUCCAUUCUUCAAAUCUUUACUAGCUAUGGAAGAGAUAAAGUUAGAGGAAGACAUGCGGGCUUAUGACAUGGAGUGCAUCACUAUGAAGAGGAAAAGGAACCAGUUCUUGUCUCUUGAGGUCCCUGGACUAGCUGAGAAAAGGCCUUCACUUGUUAACGGGGACUAUAUAUUUGUGAAGCUUGCUACCGAGGACGAAAGUUCAAAUGUUGCAUAUCAGGGUUACAUUCACCGAGUAGAGGCUGAAGAAAUAUACUUGAAGUUUGACGCAAAAUUUCAUAAUAGUCACAGAGAUAGUGACCUUUAUAAUGUACAAUUCACCUAUAAUCGAACAGGUAUGCGCCGGUUGUAUCAGGCUGUUGAAGCUGCUGAAUGUUUGGACAGGAACUUUCUUUUUCCAUCUUUGUCGUCCAAAAUGAGGCUAGCGCAACACAAACCAAUGGUGCCGAUGUCUUGCAACCUCAAUGAGGAGCAAAUGAGUGCCGUUGAGAUGAUCCUUGCCUGCAAAGGAGGAUUUCCAUAUCUAAUUCAUGGGCCCCCAGGUACAGGCAAAACAAUGACUCUUAUCGAAGCUAUCCUGCAGAUUUACAAUAACAAAAGAUAUGCUCGGAUUCUAGUCUGUGCACCUUCAAAUAGUGCAGCUGAUCAUAUAUUGGAAAGACUCCUCGGUGAUAAAUCAGCAAAGCUUCACAAGAAUGAGAUCUUUAGGCUUAACGCCUACACACGUCCUUUUGAAGAUGUCAACCCCAGUUACAUUGAGUUUUGCUGUGUUGAAGAUUCCAUUUUCCAGUGUCCUUCACGUUCGGACCUGGUGCAGUAUAGGAUCAUUAUAUCAACAUAUACAAGCGCCUCGCUUCUCUAUGCAGAAGGCAUCAGGAGAGGGCAUUUCUCAUACUUUUUCUUGGAUGAGGCAGGCCAAGCUUCGGAGCCAGAGACAAUGGUUCCAUUAUCCCACCUUUACUCGAAGGAUACAGUUGUUGUUCUUGCUGGGGAUCCUAUGCAGCUAGGCCCUGUAGUAUUUUCUAGAGAUGCUGAAAGCUUUGGACUCGGAACCUCGUAUUUGGAGAGACUCUUUGACUGUGAACUGUAUAGCAGUGGAAAUGAGAAUUAUAUGACGAAACUUGUUAGGAAUUACCGGACCCAUGAGGCAAUUCUACGCCUUCCUUCAGAAUUGUUUUAUGAUGGGGAAUUGAUCCCAUGCAAAGAGGAAAAUAAAAGUUUUUCCAGUUCCUGGGAAGACCUCCUCCCAGAUAAAGAGUUUCCAUUGCUUUUUAUAGGCAUUCAAGGUUGUGAUGAAAGGGAAGGAAGUAAUCCUUCGUGGUUCAAUAGAAUUGAGGCUAGCAAGGUAGUUGAGAUAAUUAGACUUCUAAUAGAGGAAAAGGGGUUGAAAGAGGAUGAUAUUGGGGUUAUAACACCUUACAGGCAACAAGUUUGCAAAAUAAGAGGUGCACUAGAAAACAUUGGUAAGCCCAACAUCAAAGUUGGAAGUGUCGAACAGUUCCAGGGCCAAGAGAGGCAGGUAAUUAUUAUAUCUACUGUCCGUUCGACUGUAAAACAUAAUGAAUUUGACAGGGUUCACUAUUUGGGAUUUUUGAGCAACCCAAGGAGGUUCAAUGUUGCUAUUACCCGAGCCAGAUCUUUGCUCGUAGUUAUUGGAAAUCCGCACAUCCUCUGCAAGGACUCAAACUGGAACAAUCUCUUAUGGUAUUGUGUGGAAAAUGGCUCCUAUAAAGGUUGCUUCCUCCCAGAAAGGGAGGUUUUCGGUUUGGAAGGACCUGCAGGGACUGAACACACAGACGCACCAUACUUGGGCUAUGAGGUGGAAAAUGCUUGUCAGCCAUCAAAUGGAAAAUGGGAUGAGGAAGGGGACAACUGGCGGCCUUCUGAAACACAAUGGGGUGAAGAGGCGGAUGAUUGGAAGCCUUCUGAAGAUCAAUGGGGUGACGAAGGUAACUGGAAACCGUCUGAAGGUCAGUGGGUUCAGGAAGAUCAUCAGAGUCAGCCAUCUGGCAUUCCUCAAGCUGAAGCAGAAGACCAUUUUGUGCCAUCUGAUGUGCCAUGGGUGUGAAUUUAAUUGAGAAGAGACCGCAGGAACUGUUAGUGAUGAAGCUGAAAGUCAGAUGGUUGCAGAUAACUUGUUCCCCAGUGCAGAUUUUACAGAAAGUUGGUUGAUUUCUCUGUGUAUAUAUAUAUAUAAAUUUUUGUUUUAUGGUCAUGAAAACCAAUGCAUCUUUGCUCUUCUUAU